AUGUACUUCCAGUCGGAGCUCCGCCCACUCGAGCGUGGAGGAAACGAGCCGUGCGUCGAGGAGUUCAUUGAUAUGUGUGACGACAUGGUUGUCGACGGAUCGAUCUCUGUCGACGAGUGGUGCGACUGCUUCACAUUUGCCGACGAUUUGAGACACGAGCCACCGUGUCACAAGGCUAGACACGAUGUCGACCCACACCUUCUCGGAGUCUUCUUGCCCCGCUGCGACCUCGAAGGAUUCUACAAGCCAGAGCAAUGCCACGACGGCAACUGCUGGUGUGUCGACCGUUACGGACGUGAAUUCGACAAAUCCCGUGUUCAGAACACCCUUCCCGACUGUGGACAGUAUGCCUCCGACUUGACCGAGGAAGACGUCGCCUAUCUCAAGGCUAGAAUCUAA